GAUAAAUACGAGGAGGCUUGCAUAAUGACGGACCAAUACCUCGUUGUAGGAUUGUUAUGCUCACUUCUCAGACCAGGACUCCCGAUGGGUAACCGGGAAUCUGUUCUCGUCAUCCCCAAUCCCCUUGAAGAUGGGCUCGGGGUCGCUAAGGAUGGCUCGGAACUGUCUGGCUGGGGGCGAGCAGUCAUGAGAGACUGGUUGUGUGUCCUAGGAACUACACACCUUUAUUGGCAGCAGCCAAGCUCCUUACCUGUCUCUGCUUGUUAUGCAGCCCAUCCGCCCAAGCCUCGAAGCCCCCCUCCACAAGGCUUUCUCCCCCCCGACGCACUCGUUCUCCAUCGUCUUUAAGACGAUGCUGUUUCCGGGUUCUCGUCGACCUGCCCGCUAUUCCUGUAGCUCUGUCGCGUACGCAAGGCAAGGCAAGGCAACGGCGACAACUCGAAGCUUGGAAUUGUACCUGUGUAAUGUAGCCUCUAGAGCAGCCGACCCGGGCUUCCUGAGGGCUGUCGCAUCCCCCCAAGCCUCGACCGGGGUGGCGCGGGUUGCGGCCGUGUCGAAAGUCGUGGACGGCCUAACGGUGUAGGAAUUACUCAUAAGACGUUGCCGGCAUUGCCACCUACGAUUUCUCCUAGUAAGUGAUGCCCCGACCCGGGAGCCUUCCACUGUCCAUCAUGGGACGUGCCCGUGUGCUUCUGCCCCUCGCUGUCGCAACCCUAACCGAAUAGAGGAGGGAGGAGGGUGGGGGGAUGCAGCGUGUGUGCGACGAUGUAUUCCCGGCCGGCCGGCGAACCGAAUCUGCACGCACCCAACGUCAUUCACGUGGUGUCGGGAACCCAUAUAUAGAGAAGCCGGGGGGGAAAGAUCCGCGAUGAUGAUGAUGGAGUGCGACGGAUGCCGACGCCUCAGGUGGCACAGCC